GGAACGUAAACACGACAGAUUUGAAAAAUUCACCAAUAGCGUGCGCCGGCGCGGCGUCAUCGUCAUUGUUUACCACCGGGUCCGACCGUUUUCAUGAUAAUCCGAUCAGUUGAGAAUUUGAGAUUCCCUCGUUUUCGGGUUUUACGUGUUUUGAGUGUUUUUACUUUUUGCCCGUCCGUGUGGUUCCGUGGCCGUUCGCGCAGUACUUACAUAAUUGACGAAACAUUUUUCUACUUUGGACGCACAGUUGAACAGAUUGCCAUGUUAACCAGAAGAUCAAGGAAAGAAGGGAUCGCUUCACCGAGCGAUGCUGAAACAACGUCAAGAGCUAAAAGAUCAGCAACACCAUCUAAAUCUAAAAAACCGGCCACUCGUCGUAGCAAAAGUAAAUCUGUAGAGAGAAGAAUAAGAACUCGAUCCAGAUCGGCUAAUAAGACUAUUAAUGGUCCUCGAGUGGUUCUAGAACGUUAUAACCCUAAAACAGAAGUUCCAGUUGUCAAAAAGAAAGAAAUCAAAAAUAAAAAGGCUGUUGAACUUGUUGAUUCAAAAUCAAGAAAGAGUCCAACACCUGUAAAAGAAGUUAACUCAAUAAUUAGUCCUGCUACCCGCAAUAUAAGUGACAAUAUAUCUGUAACAUCAUCAUCUCAAAGAUCACGAUUGGAUUACAAUGAAGAAUCUGAUGAUGAAAUUAAAUUGUCAAAUAAUAUAACAAGCAAGACUUAUCCUGUAGAAUUUGGAGGAUUGUUUGGCCAUAUUGUAUUGACCACAUUAUUACCAAUAUUGGUUAUCCUUGCCAAAAUUGCUAUAAAAACUAAAGGGAAUUUAAUACCUUUUCCUCGUGGUUAUUUAAGACUAGCAAACUAUUAUGAUCAAGAUGUGUUUAUAUGGACUGCUGCUAUUGUGUUUCUUCAAUUGUUAAUAUCACUUGUACCUUUAGCAAAAAAAUCUAAAUCAUUAACAAGACUACCACUUGGUGAUGAUUUUAAUUUCAUCUACUACAGGUUUUCAGGAUUUUUCAAUUUAGUUAUAGCUGGUUUGAUUAUUUGGGCUAUGGAUUAUUACAAGUGCCCGAUAAAUUUUGUUUUAGAAAUAGUGACUAAAAAGACUGUACCUCAUAUUGUAGCAUCAGUUUUAUACACAUUUAUUAUUUCGAUAAUUUUGUUUAUAAAAGCUAAGUACAUAAAUCAAAUUAACAAUAGUUCUUUUAAUUUUGUACAAAAAUUGUUUAUUGGAACGACAAUUAACCCUACAUUAGGGCCUAUUAAUAUCAAAUUGGCUUUUUGUAGAUAUUCAACAUUAAUGACUAUUUUAUUCAAUUACCUUGUGAUUAUGGACUCUCUUAAAAAUCCUGUUAAUAUUCAUCUGUAUUUUGUUGCUGGACUUCAAAUAUUCCAUGCGAUAGAUAAACUGAUUUUUGAGUUCAAUUUAUUGUCUUCGUUUUAUUUACAAAAUGAAAAAGAUGGAUAUUGGACUAUUAUUCAACAAUUUUUACAACCGAUUAUCAAUUUUGUACCCAUUCAAAUUUUACUUACGAAUAAUUUACCUGUUAAUUAUAUCAUUUUGAGUAUUUCAUCAUUUAUCUUUUUAUUUGGCUAUAUCUGUCAACGUUAUAGUGAUUUUACUAAAUACCAGUAUGAAAGAAACUUGACAUUUGUCUAUAAGCCUUUGUAUGUGAGAACUAUUGUACAUGGUCUUUGGUCAUACGUGAGGUAUCCUAAUUACAUAGGGACCAUACUUGUACAUUUAGCCUUAGUCUUGCCAAUAUUUGAACCUAACCUUGGCAGCUUACAAGCAUCUUGGCCUGUACUUUUGUAUCCUUUGUAUUACAUAGUUACUUUGUCCUACCAAUGUGUGCGUAUUUCUACCCACUACCGUUUCCAGUAUGGUAAUAGUUGGGAUUGUCAAUAUAUAGCAAAAUGGAAUUUAAUACCAAAAAUAUAUUGAAUUUAUUUUAAUAGAAAUAAGUCAUAUUAUUGGCGAUAAGCUAAUUAUCUGUAACGGGGAACUAGUAAAAUAAUAUGUAAAUUAUACACAGCGUCCCCGUUACACCUUAUGACUUUUAAUCGCUAAUAAUGUCUUUAAAUUUGUGUUAGAUUUUAAGUUACUUUAAUUUGUUUUUAUUUGUAUACUUGAUUUAUAUAUAUUUCUUACUAAUUGAGGAAUUUUCAAAUUUUAAUUUUAAUUCCAUUUAUUAAUGUUAAAAAUUAAAUUAUCUAACUACGAAUAAUAUUUAUAUUGUGAUUAUUAUUCCAUGUUUUUAAUAAAAUUACUUUCAAAAUAAUGUAAGUUAAUAAUAAUGCCAUAUUGAUAAUGUACAAAAAAAUGUUUUAAUUACAUUUAAAGUAUGCGUUAAUUUAUUAAUUAAAAUUUUACUAUUUUAUGUGUAUAAGUAAGAAGUUAACUGCUAAGUAGAAAAUAUUGCUGAAUAAUGUACAUAAUAGAAUGUUAAUUUUGUACAAGAAUUAUAGAACAUGUUUAAAAAGGUCAAUUUUAAUUUCAUGACUUGAAGCCUGUAUAGUUUAAUGCCUACUGUGUUUUAAAAGGUCAUCUAAACCAAAAAUUGACUUUUUUUUAUCAAAUUGUAUGUAUCUUAAAUUAUCUGGAUUAUAAUCAACAGUAUAUUAUAAAUUAUUGGUUUUAGAUCAUUGUAAUACUACUUAAUAUAUUUUUAUGUUUACAAUAUAAUAGAUUUUUUUUUUAUAGUAAUUUAAAAUGUAAUUAGUGUUACAUUGUUGUAAAUAAUUUUUUUUUUUAUAUUAAAUUACCUUAAUUAUAAAUAUUUUGUAAAUAAAGAGAUAAUACUGUAUUACUAA